CAUGACGUCACCACCAGCCAGCACGACGCCGCUGGAGUGGUGAACUGCCACCGUCCGGGUCCGUCUCCUUGAAGGUGUCAAUAAGAGAACAAGCAGAAGCUUAGUCCCGGGAAAAGGUGUCGGGAGCCCGUCUUGUAAACAGCAGAAAUUGUACUUGUGCCUGCACACUUUUGGCCUGUGGAACCUGCAGUGUUUGUCUGAGGUUACCCGCAGCAGCAGCAGCAGUACGUUGAGUGUCACGACAGCUGAACUGUGCCAUGGCUCUGUUGACUCUGCAUCGGAUUCCCUCCAUCAGCGCUGCUCCAGAUGAAACCACUCAAAGAAGAGGGAGGUUUCAGAAAAGGGAGAGCUUUGCCCUUGUCAAAGGGGCGGUGCUCCUGCUGGAAGAAGCAGAGAGAGAAGACCUUCACGAGGACACGUCUCUCCCAAAAGAAGACGACGGCGCUUCAGACACACGACGCAGACACAUACGUGCCAUGGUUGAGCUGCUUCGACCAGAAGACAGCAUCAAGCUGGCCGUGCAGUUGGAGUCUGUCAGCACGGUCCGAGUCAGGUAUCUCAUUGUCGUCUCCACCCUCGCUAACAAAGACGAGAGCAUCCUGCUCGGCAUGGAUUUCCCCAAACAGGACAGUGAUGAGUGCACCAUUGGUCUGGUUCUACCCAUCUGGAGCGACACUCAAGUGUAUCUGGACGGAGACGGCGGUUUCAGUGUCACCUCAGCAGAAGAAACAAGAAUUUUUAAGCCAGUUUCCAUGCAGACCAUGUGGUCAGUUCUGCAGGCGUUGCACGGUUGCUGCGAGCGGGCCGUCAAGGGCGCCGUGAUUCCGGGCUGCGGCCUGGAAUGGGUCCAGCAUUACCACCAGCACGUUGAGUCGGAUCGCUUCUGCCUCAAUGAGUGGGAGGUCAUGAACGACCUGGAGUCAGUCAGAAGGGACAGCGAUGGUCAGAGUACUGCUGACAGAAUAUCCAAAGAGAAGCUGAUCAAGGAGCAACUGAGAGACAUCAUGAGGACCGAAGACCUGGACAACCUCACGUCUAAGAUGGUCCACACAGCCUUGCAGACCCGCAUUGGCUUCGAUAUGAGGCCCUUUAAGGAGUACAUCGACAACGAGAUCCUGGUCACCAUGGCUCAGAUGGACAAACCAUCCAAGAUAUUUGACUACCUUUACUUGGGCUCCGAGUGGAACGCAGCCAACUUUGAGGAGCUGCAGAAGAACAAUGUGGGCUACAUUCUGAAUGUGACAAGGGAAAUCGACAACUUCUUCCCCGAAUCCUUCACCUACAUGAACAUCAGAGUGUAUGACGUGGAGGCCACUGACCUGCUCUCCCACUGGACCGACACGUACAACUUCAUCAACACUGCCAGGAAGAGCGGACAGGCGGUCUUGGUGCACUGCAAGAUGGGCGUGUCUCGUUCCGCCUCCACCGUCAUCGCCUACGCCAUGAAGCAGCAACGCUGGUCGCUCGAUGUAGCGCUGGCAUACGUGAGAGAUCGCCGCUCCAUCAUCAAACCUAACGAAGGCUUCACGAAGCAGCUGCAGACCUACCACGGCAUCCUCCACGCCAGCCAGCAGCGUCACAGUUUGCUCUGGAGGAGAAAGUCCAAAGACCAAAGGCAGAAGUCUGAGCGCAAGGACGAUGGAGAGAAGCCAGAUGAGGGUGAAGAGGAGGAGGAGGAGGAAGAAGAAGACGAGGAUGAUGAUGAAGAGGAGGAGGAUGAGGGACUUGAUGAGGAUGAUGGCACAGAGAGCUCUGACGAAAAAGAGGAUUCUGAGGCAGAAGUGUUUGAACAGCCCGAUACCAACCAGGAAGAUGGACCGACAGCGCCGCGUGUCAUCGGUCCCAUCAUCACUGCGCCAAGUGUUAGUCGCAGCGGAAGGAUGAACCUUUUCUCCCUCAUGCAGUCCAUUAGUGAAUUAGAUGACGUGGAUAAAGGAUGCGAGCAGCUGCCUGCCAGUCCACGGCGAUCGCCGCGACAACGGAGGCGAAGCCACGAUCGGAAGGGUCUGAUUCACCAGAGCGCAUGUGUGGAUCUUUCAUCCGAACCAGGAAGUACGUUGGACGUCGCUCACAACAAACCUUGAAGUUCGAGAGAGAGAGAGAGGUCUGGCUUUAAAAAAAAAAAAAAAAAAAACACUGAAGGACUUCUUGUGACAUGCCAAGGUUUUUUUUAAGUUUUAUUUCAGAGCAUAUCCACAUUCUGGUGUAUUUGUGUGCCAUGUCAGCUAGCUCAAACCUGAGCGUCUGUUUAGCUCGUCCACAUUGCAACACUCCAGAUGUCAACUAUGCAAUUACUCUUUUUUUUUUUUAUUAUUUGACAAUAUUUUUUUUAAAUGUCCUAUUCUCCCCAGUGAUUUGCGACGCUCACUCAUGGAAGGUUUGGUUUCUAAGCUGUACUUUAUUAUGGACCAGAUUGAGGCCAGUUUUCUGGUGCAUGCCGCUUUGUCAAAGUGUGUAUUACAACGUGCCAAUGAAUAUAUUCCAUUAGCAGUGUGUCAGAUUCAACGGCUGUGUGAGUGCCUUGAAGCAGAGAAUGAUGACGUGUGUCUGCAUACUGUAUCUUCUAUUGUUUCUCCUACGGUUUGAUUGACUUUCCCUGUUGCUGCAUGUCCACACCAGUGGGUGCAUGUUGUUUUAUACAAGCUUGUGUGAGAUAAUUGCAGUAUUUAUAUUUCACUUAAAUUGAGGUAAAUUAUUCACAAUCCUCUUUGCAGGAUCAACGUUUAACGUGCACGCAUUUUAUUUAUCACACACCAGACAGCCUGAGCCAACAUGACACUGUACUAUGAUCCAAAUGAUCAAUUUUAAAGUGCUGUCCACUUCUGCUGAUGUCUUUAAAUCCGCACAAUAAAAAUAAUGACACCAA